UCAGGCUGAGUAGUAUGCAGUGCAUACAUUGAUUGCAUGACCACAGUCAUGCACACACACUCUGAGCAAAGACAGCAUGAGUACAGUGUCUGAGCCUUUGGUUGGCAGCAGCAAGUCUCUGUCUGCAGCCAAGAGACACAAAAGUAUCAGGAAGAACUCCAGAAGGAUUUAUUCAGCCUACCAGGACCAGCACCAGGGCUCCUCCGAUGAUGACGAUAAAGAGGGUGAGCGGGUUGACAGCAACGACCCAGAGGAGAUGUUCCAGAACAUUCAGUACCAGAAGGAGAUCAUCGCCAACAUUCGGACCAGACCCUGGCCAAUGAGACGCAAGCUCAAAGUCCUAAAGCAGGCCAGAGAGAUUGUUCUGAAGUACGAGGGCCGACUGACCAGAACCAGAGGUUACCAGACUGCAGGAGCUGAUCUGCUGAAGAAACUUUCCCGUGUGCUUUACAACAUUGUGGUUCUGUUCAUUCCCUGGGAAGUAAGGAUCAAGAAAAUUGAAAGUCACUUUGGGUCGGGCGUGGCCUCCUACUUCAUCUUCCUCCGCUGGUUGUUUGGGAUCAACAUCGUCCUCACCAUCAUGACUGGAGCCUUCAUCGUCCUACCUGAGCUGCUGACUGGAGCUCCGUUUGGAACGACGAGGAGUAAAACUAUCCCCAAGGAGCAUCUGGCUUCAGCCCAGGACCUGGACACCAUCUGGUCUCUUGGGGGCUACCUGCAGUACUCGGUGUUAUUCUAUGGUUACUAUGGCAGGGUGAGGAAAAUUGGCAGUGCAGGGUACCGGUUGCCCCUCGCCUACUUCCUGGUUGGGAUGGCUGUCUUUGCCUACAGUUUCAUCAUUCUGUUAAGAAAAAUGGCCAAGAACUCUCGUCUGAGCCUGGCCAGCGCCUCGGAUGAGAAUUUCACAUUCUGCUGGAGAGUUUUCUGUGCCUGGGAUUACCUGAUAGGAAACCCAGAGGCUGCAGAGAGCAAAGGAGCUGCUAUCGUCAACAACAUCAGGGAAGCCAUUGUCGAGGAGCAGGAAAAGAAGAAGGAUACCAGCCUGGCAGUUCUGAUCAGUCUGCGUAUCUUAGCCAACAUCCUGGUGCUGCUGUCUCUGGCCGGCAGCAUCUACAUCAUCUACUUUGUGGUGGACCGUUCUCAGAAACUAGAGCAGGAGAAGCCGGAGCUGACGCUGUGGGAGAAGAAUGAGGUGAGUGUAGUGGUUUCUCUCAUCACCAUGAUUGCUCCGUCUGCCUUCGAGCUGGUGGCUCAGCUCGAGAUGUACCACCCACGAACCUCGCUGCGCUUCCAGCUGGCCAGAGUGCUUGUUUUAUACCUGGGGAAUCUCUACAGCCUCAUCAUUGCCCUCCUUGAUAAGGUCAACAGUAUGAGCUCUGCUAUCCCAGUGAAUCCAGGUAACUGGUCUGACUCCAGCUCCUUCUUGGCCACCAUCUCUCAGCCUGAGGUAGGCAGCCUCUCCACCCUGGUUACUGAGAUCUCCGAGCAUCGCAACAGCACCACAGCAACCAUCGCCAUGGUGCUGGACGUUACUAACAGUGGCAGGAGCAGCUCAGGGACCGUCUCCAAUCAGACCGUUCUGUUUGAGAAGAAUACCCGCUCUCAGCAGGACCAGUGCUGGGAGACCUACGUUGGACAGGAGAUGCUGAAGCUGUCCAUCAUUGACAUGAUCUUCACAGUGGCCAGCAUCCUGCUCAUUGACUUCAUCAGAGGUUUGGUGGUUCGCUACCUGAGUGACUGCUGCUGCUGGGAUUUAGAGAGCAAGUUUCCUGAAUAUGGAGAAUUCAAAAUAGCAGAGAAUGUUUUGCAUCUGAUUUAUAACCAAGGAAUGAUCUGGAUGGGAGCAUUUUUCUCUCCCUGUCUUCCUGCCUUCAACGUGUUGAAGCUGAUUGGUCUGAUGUAUCUGAGGAGCUGGGCUGUCCUCACCUGUAAUGUUCCCCAUCAGCAGGUGUUCCGAGCCUCCAGAUCAAACAACUUCUACCUGGCUAUGCUGCUUUUCAUGCUGUUUCUGUGUAUGCUGCCCACCAUCUUUGCCAUAGUGAGAUACAGACCAUCACAGCACUGUGGACCAUUCAGUGGCCAAGAGAAGAUUUAUGACAUCAUAUCGGAGACAGUGGCCAGUGACUUCCCCCUGUGGUUCAGUAAAGUGAUGAGUUACAUCACCAGCCCCGUCGUGGUGCUGCCAGCACUGCUUCUGCUAUUCAUGCUGAUAUACUAUCUCCAGGCCAUUGCCAGAUCCCUCAAAUUCACCAACAACCAGCUGAGGAUGCAGCUCCAGACUGAGCGGACUGAGGACAAGAAGAAAGUCUUCCAGAUGGCUGCAGCAAGACUGCAGGCUCCAGAGGCUGCUGUGGACAAAAAGCCGGAUCAGCAGGAGAGCGACAUCACAAGCCAGGAGGCCUCCAUCCACACUCCAUCUCCCCGACGGAACGGCAGCAUCACAAACUUUCAGUCUCCUGUUCAUCGUGGAAACAGCAUCCGCACCAUCACCCAAUCAGUGUCUAGGGCGGACCUGAACAGAGGAAGGAUGGCUGGAUCUGUCAGAAGUCCAACAGUGACCAUACUACCAAAACACAGGCUGGAGCACAUACCUAACAGGCCCCCACCAUUUCUUGGUGGCCCUAGUGGUACCUGCAGGUCCAAGUCCUACCACCAUAUGGCGUACAAUCCCCCAGCUCGCUAUUCUGACAACAUCCACUCUGACCCCCUGUACAGGAAGACCGUACGCACCAUACAUCCUGUUGAGGCUGCCGGGAUCAUCACUGCACAAAGUUAUGGAGGACGGCGUGGUCACACCACCCGUUACGUGAUUGUCAAUGAGCACGAGCCGAGGAAGAAGCUGAUGCGCUCAGCCACACGGAUCCCACGCCAUUACCUCAUGGAGGAGCCUGCAGAAAUCCUGGAGCUGUACCCACGCAACAUUAAACGCUACACACCCCGCACCACUCACCACCAACCACAUCCUCAACGGUCCCAUCCAUCACAGCAGCAUUUGAGUGAAGAGGAGGAAGAGGAGGAGGAGGAGGAAGAGGGAAAAGGCAGGAGAAGGAUGUCGGUGGGGAAGGCUCAUCGGCCCCGUUCCCUCUCUGACCUCCACCACCUAGCACACUUCUACAUCGGUGACCAUGUAGAGAGCCACCCGUCCAUGGUUAAAGACAGCCACACUGCUCGAGGAAGAUAUGGAGCGCAAGAAGAGAAUGAAGAGGAGGGUGGUGAAGGAGAAAUGGAUUGGGGAGAUUUAGAGUCACACUCCCGGUCCCAGGCCAAUGUGAGAGGAGCAGACCCUCCUUUUGUGCGAACCAGACGUCACAUCCAUUCCCCAGGAAGACACUGUCAGUCCCCGGCCAGGACCAGGCACAUGGAGUCUUAUGUGAAGCCCAAGACGAGACCAAAGCUGGAGACCCCCCAGACCGAGUCAGACUCAGCCUCCCUGGCCUCCAGCAGUGACCAGCAGAACAGCAGCACUGACCAGUACAUUCAAGUGAUCCACAACAAGGAGCGCUAUCUCAAGUCUGAUGCCCGGCAAGGAAAGUUGGCCAAAACGUCCAAAACCAGCUUUGAUUUAAAUGUCAAUGAGUCAAAUGACCUAGUCUGCUCCAAUGUAUGACAUCUUUGCUAAAAUUAUGUUUUCUGUUAAAAUGUUUCUCAAAAUAUCAGAUAUAUACGCCACUAGGGGUUAACACAUUGCACUCAAAGAGUAGAUUAUUAUAAAUGUGAUUUCUUUCUCCAGUGUGUGCUGUCUUGUAUCAUUUUGAAACAGCUAUGUCAGCUAAUUAAAUGAGUUCUUGUAGCAAUGUGUAUUACAAUAAAAACAAACUACUUUGGCGCUAUUAGUGUAACACCAGCUAUUAAAACAUUUACAGCUAACAUAAUUACACUUGCUUUCCAUGCAAUCAUAAUAAAAUAGUUAAUCAUCUCACAUUGAUCCGACCUUGCCUGUACACUGAAUAAACAGCAUUUCAUCUGGAA